GCCUGGCAAGGAGCUGCGGGCCGCGCUCGGUGGCGGCUGUCGGGGUGUCCCUGUGGCGAGGGACGCGGUGCAGAGGGGGUGGCCGUGUGCGGGUACCCUGCGGGGUGGCGGGCAGCGGGGCCCGGCGGUCCCAGGGCGGGCACCCCCGGGGGUGCUGGCUCUGGCCUCAGAACCGUCUCUGCUCCACAAAACGCGCAUCCUCAGGAGCCGUGCUUCCUCCUCCGGCUCUGGAGGGUCAAAGCCGACCUGCUGCCGGCACCGUGCAGGAGCCACCGUGCUGUGGGUGCUGUCGGUGCUGUCGGUGACGGCUAAAUGUCCAAUUCUGGGUUCUUUGCCCAUUUCGGAGGCCAAAAGAAAGCAGCUGAAUCGCCUGGGCUGCCCCUCAGCUGUCUGGUGACUGCUGAUCUUUCCAGUUUAGUUGUAAACUUCCAAAGAAAAGGUUCCGAUCAUAUUCUCCCCGUUAACUUGGAAACGCUCUUCAGGAGCGUUGCCCAACAAUUGGUUUUAGUGUUUUUGUGUAACAAAGUCUGGGCAUCCACCUGUGUCUUUAAAAACAUGUAAUGUUAGAAAAAGGGAAAAUCAAUGUUGUUAUUAUAGUGGAGGGUGCUUUUAUAGACACGCCUUUUGGGUGACAAGCAGCAGAUGACCUGUGUGUAGCCCUCAGAGCAGGAUAAGGGGAACUACCCCAAGACCAAGUAGCGGGUGCAGAUCUUUCUGAAGGAGGAAGGCCACCUAUAACUGCAACGUCCACGCAGGGCAGGAGGGACUUUGGCACCCGUUACAGAGUUGACAAACUACCCUAUGAGCCGGAGGGAAUGCUCAGCGAAUGAAUUUGAGGGUGCCUUUGAGAUUCUACUAACGAUUUGUUCUUUACAUACUGCCUCCAAAGCACCCACUACCGUAGCCAUGCCGAGAUGCUUCUGUGUAAGCAGAACCGCACUCGAAGCAUGUCAGGGUGCUGUGCUUCUGGAGCAAGCACAGGCAGCGUCUGGAACCUGUCCUCAAAAGCAAAGCUACUCCCUCAAACUUGAUGUCAAAGAUGGCAAGAUCUACAAUGAACAGAACUUCUUCCAGCGAGCUGCCAAGGCGGGCACAGUGGAGAAGUGGAAGAAGUGGCACUCUGUGCCGUUCCUGGGAAUCCCCACUUGCCUUGGCUUCGGACUGCAUGCUGAUAGCUACAGGUUUUUGGUGUUCUCUGACUUAGGGCGAACUCUCCAGUCCGUCCUGAACGAUGGCUUGUACCAGCUGAGGGAGAAGGCAGCUUUUCAGAUUGUUGUCCGGCUGCUAGACUGCCUGGAGUACAUUCACGAAAACGAGUACGUGCAUGGGGACAUCACAGCUGAGAACAUCUAUUUGAACCCCUCAGACCUCACGCAGGUGACCCUGGCGGGGUAUUGCUUUGCGUUCCGUUACUGCCCCGGGGGGAAGCACGUGGCCCAGCGCGAGGGCAGCAGGACCCCUCACGAAGGCACGAUGGAGUUCAUCAGCCUGGACAGCCACAAGGGAGCGGGACCAUCUCGCCGGAGUGACUUGGAAUCGCUGGGCUACUGUCUUCUGAAGUGGCUCUGUGGCUUCUUGCCUUGGUCUGAUGAGCUGGACAAAGUAGAAACUGUGGUGCAGAAGAAGGAAAAGUACAAAAGGGAUGUGCCUUGCCUUCUCCGAGCGUGCUUCAGGCAGAAACCUGCCCCAGACGCCCUGCAGAGGUACCUGCAGCAGGUCAUGGCACUGGAGUAUGAGGAGAAGCCUCACUACGAGGGCCUGCGGCAGCUCUUCAAGAAACCACUGGAAAAGAUGAAAUCUUCAGCUUAUGACCCUGUGGACAUCAGAAUGGUGCCCUAAACCAAGAAAACUUGCACAGGAAAAAAGAGCUCAAAGCUUUCUGCACUUUCCCGCAGAUAUUUAAUUUUUACCUACCUGUUUUAGAACUGAGAGAGAGUUUUUAUAAGUUUUUUCUUCCAAUUUUAAUGUGAUCCGCUGCUGAAUUUUGAGCCACUGCUGUAACAAGUUAAAUGUGAUGACACUCCUGGAUGGCAAGUCACUGUGAGCAGUAACUGGAGAGCUGCAGCAUAGCUACUGGGAGAAGGGUGAAGUCUGGCACAGGAAAACUAAAUCAGGGACUUUUUUGUUGUUUUUUUCUUUUUUUGCUUUAACUACAGCAGCAGUACAUAGUUUUGUAAUAAACUUUGUGGACAAGCA